AUGGCAAGAGUCUCUCCUAUUCCUAAAGUGGUCAACCCAACCUUGAUGAAUGAACUGCGGCCUAUCUUGAUACUUCUGGUUUUAUCCAAAGUAUUUGAGAAAGCUGUUGGAAUGCAAAUGAUGUCAUUUGCUGAGAGGGCCUCCCUUUUGCAUGAGGGUCUCUCAAGCUUCCGGAAGGGUUACUCAACAACAACAGCACUCCUGGGCGUGAGAGAUGAUAUCCAGAAAGCUAUGGAUAAAGGGGAAGUUACCCUUAUGGUUAUAGCAGAUUUUAGCAAGGCAUUUGACAUUAUUUGUUUCAGAACUACCUUACUAAAGCUCCACAAGUUAGGGUUUACCAAGCCCUCUCUGAAGUGGCUUCUAAGCUACUUAUGCGACCGCCGUCAAUUCAUACAGAUUGACGACAAAUCUUCGUCUUGCCAGACAAUCGCUUUUAGGAUUCCCCAAUCUAUACUGGGACCUAUGAUUUUUAAUCUGUACGUUUCUGACUUUAAAUACAUCAUUCUUGGAUCUACAAAAUGCUCACAGUACGCUGACAAUACGACCCUAUACCAUCAUACCCCAAUGCAAGACUUGGCUGGUGGUGUGUCUUUGAUGAAUAAUGCACUCUGCGAACCACAGCUGGUCUAA